AUGAUAAUUGAUCAAGGUGACAAAGAAGUUCAAAACACAUCAUUGAACAAAUAUGCUUUGGCUUGUGCCCUUGUUGCUUCAAUGGUUUCCAUUGUCUCUGGCUAUGAUACCAGUGUUAUGAGUGGAGCAAUGAUUUUCAUAAAAGAGGAUUUGGGAAUCAGUGACACACAACAAGAAAUUCUAGCAGGAAUCUUAAAUGUAUGUGCAUUAGUUGGAUCCUUAACAGCUGGAAGAACUUCUGAUGUCAUUGGUCGUCGAUACACAAUCUUCUUAGCCUCUAUACUCUUCAUCAUUGGUGCAAUUCUAAUGGGUUACGGUCCAAACUACGCUGUUAUAAUUCCUUACGAUGAUGUGGAAUUGUUGAAGAUUUGUUUCAGAGUUGUUGAACGAAUUUGUGAUCAUCUUGAAGAAAUUGAUAUUGUGCGUUUUGGCACCAAUAAUCUCCUUGAAUGCAUAACUGAUAAUUAUAACAUAGGAACUCUAAUCGCUAGAUUUGGCCUUUAUCAAGGUUACAGAUUCAAUUUUGCGCUGCUUACAUUUUCAUCGGGGUUGUUUGCAUUCUUCUUUAUUUUCUGGAGCUUCAUCGAUCAAUUCACUGUAUUAGUACAAGGGACUAGACGCAAUGGUUGGUGA